UCAGUGCGGGGAAUAUGGCGUCUGCAGUGUCUAUGGACUCUACAGACAAACAGUAUAUUGAUAUCAAGUUAAAAUAACGACUAAUUAAAGCCGCGGUGGAAUUGUAAAUGGACGAUAAGGAAUCUUCGGCCAUGUUUUUUUAUUGUCCUUUUUCUUGAUCUCGGAUAUAAACCCGCAACACAUGUCAGAAGAAGCCAGGUCUGCCUGGUCAAAGAGGGGUUGUGGGGACUCGCAGCGCCGAGAUCAGGGCAAACAUAAACAGAGGAAAUGUGAGCGUCCUCUCAGCCUGCUGUCAGCUAAGUUCGAGACUGGCCUCGAGGCCCCCAAAAGGUGUGUGAUGUCGGCGGGGGAGGUGGAGAUGUACCUGUCCCAGGUGCAUGAUGGGAGCGUGUCCUCAGGGUUUCGGGCGCUCUACGAGGAGAGACUCCUAUUGGACGUCACACUGCUCAUAGAGGAACACCACUUCCAGGCUCACAAAGCCCUGCUAGCGACCCAGAGUGACUACUUCCGGGUCAUGUUCACAGCAGACAUGAGAGAGAGAGACCAGGACAAGAUCCACAUGAAGGGGUUAACAGCUGCCGGCUUCGGCCACGUACUGAGGUUCAUGUACUACGGUUCACUGGAGCUCAGCAUGGUCACUGUGCAGGAGAUACUACAGGCAGCCAUGUAUGUCCAGCUGACAGAGGUGGUAGAGUUCUGUUGUUCCUUCCUGCUGUCUAAGAUCUGUCUGGAGAACUGUGCUGAAGUGCUGAGGCUGCUGGAGGACUUCAGCGUGGGGGUGGAGGGUGUGCAGGAGCAGCUUGACAACUUCCUGCUGGAGAACUUUGUUCCUCUGAUGAGCAGACCUGACUUCCUGUCCUACCUCAGCCUUGAGAGACUGCAGGCGUACCUGGACAGUGAUGCCCUGAGUCGCUUCCCGGAGAUAGAGCUUUAUGAGUCUGUCCAGGCCUGGCUACGACACGACCGCCGCCGCUGGAGACACACAGACGCUGUCGUCCAGUCUCUACGCUUCUGUCUGAUGACUGCUGCUAACGUCUUCGAGAAGGUGAAGACGUCAGAGUUCUAUCGUUACUCUCGACGGCUGCGUCAGGAGGUGGACCAGGCUCUCGGCUACUUCCACGACGUCAACGAGCAGCCGCUGGUCGAGACGCGCUCCAACCGCAUCCGCUCAGUCCGACCACAGACCGCCGUGUUCAGGGGCAUGAUCGGACACAGCAUGGUCAACAGCAAGAUCCUACUGCUGCACAAACCCAAGGUGUGGUGGGAGUUGGAAGGUCCCCAGGUCCCUCUCCGUCCAGAUUGCUUGGCCAUCGUCAACAACUUUGCCUUCCUGUUGGGUGGGGAGGAGCUAGGGCCUGACGGGGAGUUCCACGCCUCCUCUAAAGUCUACCGUUAUGACCCCCGCCAGAACUCCUGGCUACGCAUGGCCGACAUGUCUGUACCCAGGUCAGAGUUUGCAGUGGGGGUCAUUGGUAAGUUCAUCUACGCUGUUGCUGGCCGGACGCGGGACGAGACGUUCUACUCCACGGAGCGCUAUGACAUCACGGCAGACCGCUGGGAGUUUGUGGACCCGUACCCGGUCAACAAGUACGGUCAUGAGGGCACAGUCCUAAACGGUAAACUCUACAUCACAGGAGGAAUCACAUCCUCAUCCACCUCCAAACAGGUGUGUGUGUUUGACCCUGGGCGAGACGCAGGGGGAGGGGUGUGUUUAGCGGGCUCGGGGGGAGCAGGAACGACGGACACACACAGGACACGCUCAGCUCGCACCCCCAUCCUCCCCAGCACACACACCAGCUGCUGGGAGAACAAGUCGAAGAUGAACUACGCUCGCUGCUUCCAUAAGAUGAUCUCCCAUAACGGGAAGCUGUACGUGUUCGGGGGGGUGUGUGUGAUCCUCCGGGCGUCAUUCGAGUCACAGGGCUGCCCAUCCACAGAGGUCUACGACCCUGAGACAGAUGAGUGGACCAUCCUGGCGUCGAUGCCCAUCGGGCGCAGUGGGCACGGUGUGGCGGUGCUGGACAGACAGAUCAUGGUGCUGGGGGGCCUCUGCUAUAAUGGACACUACUCUGACUCCAUCCUCACUUUCGACCCAGAUGACAACAAGUGGAAGGAAGACGAGUAUCCCAGGAUGCCUUGCAAACUGGACGGGCUGCAGGUGUGCACUCUACACUUCCCUGAGUACGUCCUGGAGCACGUCCGGCGCUGCAGCUGAGGUUCCGCUGUCUGCCGCUGUGUCAGGUGUCCUGGGUUUGAUGACGGGGACUGCAGCUGUCCUGGGGACUGCAGCUGUCCUG